CGACAAAUCGCCAUUUGACACUUUGAUUUGUCGCCUAUUCGUGGAAACAGCAAUGAUAAUUAUUUCAUUUCACAUCCCGAAAGUUGCAUUCUUGCUUUAUUUCACCCUUAAUCAAUGUAUUGCCCGAGCACAUUGGCGACAGUCUCGGCAAGCACACGAUUUAUCAGGUGCUGGUAACAAACAAGGAUUUCAGUGGUCUAGAAGUUUACUGGAAAAGUUUUGCAUGAACGAUCGGCAAAAAUUUCGCGAGCUUCUUGAACCAAUCCUUGUCCCACGAAUUGUUGGCACACAAUCUCAUGAAGAAGUUGCUGGGCACUUGUCAAGGACAUUAUCGGCUUUAGGUUUUACAACUGAAUGGGAUUUAUUCGAGGAAGCUACUCCUCACGGCAUGAAAUCAUUCAAGACAUUAAUUGCUACACAUGAUCUAAGCGUCCCUAGACGACUUGUACUUGCAUGCCAUUAUGAUUCAAAAUUCCUGAAAGGAGAAAUUUUCAUUGGUGCUACCGAUUCUGCAGUGCCUUGUGCGAUGCUGCUCGAAAUGGCGCGCACACUUGGUCCACAUUUACGCAAUCGCAGGAGAAGAGAUAUAACUCUUCAGUUGAUUUUUUUUGAUGGUGAAGAAGCGUUUCAUGAAUGGUCAGAAAUAGAUUCAUUGUAUGGUUCUCGUCAUUUAGCUUCAAAAUGGAACCAGGAAUAUUUCAUGAACAUCUCUCAAUCAUCUUUCGAAGUUAAGAAGGAAAUUGAUCGAAUUGAUUUAUUUAUACUACUCGAUCUACUCGGUGCACCAAACCCAGUUUUUUACUACUUUCAUGGUUUUUUAUCCAGAAAUGCAUACUUGGAGAUGGUGAAGAUUGAAAUGGAGCUGACGAAAAUUGGUUGUUUACACCAAUUACAUCCAAUAUUCAAACCUCGGACAGUCUAUAGUACAGUACAAGAUGAUCACGUACCAUUCCUGAAUCUCAAUGUACCUAUUUUGCACCUCAUACCUCUGCCAUUCCCAGAUGUAUGGCAUAAAGCAUCCGAUAAUGCUAGUGUUUUACACUAUGAAACCAUUGAGAAUUUGAAUUCAAUCUUGAGAGUGUUUGUUUCAAAAUACCAUGGAUUGGUCGCAUAGGAUGAGGAGCACUCGGAACUUUGACCUGGAAUAAAUGAAAUAGGAC